UAAGAGCAGAAGAACAGAGGAAACGUCUGAGCGGACACGUACACGCAGCAGAGAGUUUGUGGAGGAAGCACACUGUGACAAAUCGACACUUCUGGAUUCAGCAGCAGGUGCAGUAGCUACAGCUUGAGGAGAGGACAUACCUGGUGGAAAGAAGGGUCGACAAAGUGGAGCUUGAAGGGCAAAAGCAAGAAGGCCUUUAAGUAUUAGCUGGAAAAUAAAAGGAAGACAGGGAAGCAAGGACAACCGAGAGAAAGAGAAAAUCAUAUAUAGAGGAACCGAGAGGAGAGGAAGGACGAAUAAAGGAGCUUUUGAUCCAAAAGGGGGCACGCUUGUCUGAGUGCACUAUGGUGUCUUUUGGACUUGAACUGGUCGGCGUCAUUCUGUCAGUGCUCGGCUGGGUGCUGAGUGUGACCAGCUGCGCCUUGCCAAUGUGGAGGGUCUCGGCCUUCAUUGGCUCCAACAUUGUCACAGCUCAGGUGUACUGGGAGGGCCUGUGGAUGAACUGCGUGUUCCAGAGCACGGGGCAGAUGCAGUGUAAGGUCUACGACUCCAUGCUGGCUUUACCUCAGGACCUGCAGGCCGCCAGGGCACUCACCAUCGUCUCUAUCAUCGUGGGGGUGGUGGCUCUCCUGAUAUCUAUGGUCGGAGCAAAGUGCACCAACUGCAUCGAGGAUGAAGGGGUUAAAGCCAGGGUGAUGGCCGCCUCAGGCGGCGCGUUCAUCACAGCCGCUCUGACCCAGCUGGUGCCCGUUUCCUGGUCAGCACACACCAUCAUAGUUGAGUUCUACAGUCCACUCAUCCACUCUGGUCAGAAGAUGGAGAUCGGGGCGGCGCUGUAUCUAGGCUGGGCUGCCGCGGCCCUGCUGCUGAUUGGAGGGUCCAUCCUCUGCUGCAGUUGCCCUCCAAGGGAAGAUAAACCGAGGUACAGCGUGCACCCUCAGAGUCGUAUGGCGUACUCCGUCGCACCGAGGUCAAACGCUCCAAGCUCCUACAACAGGAGGGACUACGUGUGAAGGAAGAGUACAGGACAGAGGGGGGAGUAGGAGGAAAUGUGACCUCCUUCAUAUUAUUUUCAUUUGUAUCCUGCUUAUUUGUACAUUGUCCGGAAAUGAGCACAGAACUGAAGCUAAAUAAUAAUUAUUGGUAAAAUGGUAAAAAUGGUAAAAGAGAAUAUUAAGGAGCAUAGAUAAUUGUAAAUCUGCAGGCAGUUUUUUAAUACUUAAAAAAUAAUUGAUUUAAAAGCUCUAUUCGGAUGUUUGAUGGUUCUGUUUACAUUUACCAUUGGUCUAAAUCAAGUUUAAGAAGACGUGACCGAAUAUGGUAACAGAAGUUCACAAAUUUUGUCUAUGUGGUUAGUUAAGAGACUUUAUCCCAUUUACAUCCCAUAUACAUAUAUAUAUAUUUAUUAUUUGUGCUUAUAACAUGUACGAUGCUUUAUGAAUGCUGUGUUUAGACAUUGUAUACUAAGGUUGAUGCUUUUAUGGCUUUUGAUGCAUUAACAUUGUAUGUGUUUGCCAAAAUCGAGAGAACAUUUUGAGUUUACUCUUUGAAUGCAAAUGUUUUGGUUUUAGAUCUACUGAAAUUAUUGAAAUAACUUAAAUAACAAAGUAAUAAAGAUUUUCACUGUGAAA